GUUAAUCUCAUCUCUGUGAAAACACUGGCCCUGAGAAACAGACUGAUUACCAUGGAUGAAGAAGUAUUGGUGCAAACAGUUAACCCUUCAGGCUGGCAAGCCUCUGAAGAUUCAGCAAGAAUUGAUCCUGAAGCUAAACCACAGACCAGCAUUCACUCAUUUGCUCUUCUGCCGGGCAGCAUUAUUGAUUAUUCAGAGGACAUACAGGAAUAUCCUUCAUGUGUGAUUAAAAGUGUUACAGUGAAAGACACACCUGAAGAGGAUGGAGGGGGAAAGUCAUGGUUGCACAAGCUUGGAAUGAAUAUAAACAAGUGGUCAUUUCUGAAUUCCCUGAUUGGAUGGAGUGAAAACAGAACUCAGAAAAAAGAUCAUGUUACCACGUUCGGAGGUUGUUCUGAUACUGAUCACAAAGCAACUGAGCUGAAGGAAUGUACAAACAAAGAAGUGCUGUAUAUUCCCUACAAUUUGGCUACAUUGUAUAUCAUCAAGAUUGUAAAAGACAUGCAGCAAAUGAAAAGCAAACACAUGAAAAUAAUCAGAAAACUAGACAAUAUAAGGAAAGAAAACCAUGAGCAGAUUAUAACUACUAUAAAGAAAUAUUAUGGAGAGAAAAUGAGGCGUCUGAAAUCCCAGUUAGAAGCUUACCAAGAACUGAUGAACAAGAGCAACACACAUUGGGAAGACACAGUUAAGAGCCUGAAAGAAAGAAACAGGCAACUGAUCCAAGAGAAUGAAGAUCUUCUUUACCAAAUGAAACAACAAACAGAGAACUGGGAAGAAGAAAAGGUCUGGAUUCUACAAAAUUUGUGUAAAAAUCUAGAUUAUCUUUAUACCCAACAUGCACUGACUUUGCAGGAACUACACAACAUCAGUCUUCAUGUGGAAAGAUUGCGUGACCUCAUGAAUUUCCAGAUAAAAAUUCUUCAGCCAGAACAAGUGAGCACAAAAAUGGAAAUGUUAUUGGUUGUUUAUGGGAUUAUUGCAGGUAUUUCAAAGGCAAUCAGGCUGACUAUAGCAAAAGCGGAACUAAACCAUGGGACUAACUGA